AAGGUCUGAACACUUGCCAGCUGCAGCAGCAUAGUCGCUUUCAACUGCCAAGAGGGCAUAACUUCAACAUCAGUUCUCACGAGGGGUUUUCUGAGCUGAGUGGCUGCAAGACUGCUAGCUUGUGGCGAUUUUGUUUCUAUGCAUUCAUCUAUCACAGCAUUGAAUAUAAGAGUCGCAGGAUCCCUUAUUUUCCUCCACUUCAUCCCAUGCCGUCGCCCACCUCUGCACUCUUGCCGGUGGCAAACACCUUGGCGGUGGGUGUGCGCAGCUUCGUUCUGCAGCAAUACUACACCUUUGAGUAUGACCUUGGUCUUUGGGCCUUUGGCGCUGUCCAGGUCAUCAAGGAUCGCCGGUCCGGGACACUGAAGACGUGCAAAGCUGUGGAAAAGACACGGCUCAUGGAUGUGCAUGGGACAGGUGAUCGGCUCCGCCGCCUUACAGAGAUUCAGCAUCCCAUGCUGUUGCCUGUAACAGACAUUUUGGAGGACUCAUCCCACUUCUUUAUCAUCUCGCCCCAUGCUGCCGGAGGGGAUAUGGGGGACUGGCUCGACAGGUUAGCCUCAGAUGAGGAGGUCAUUGAGGAGGAGACCUGUGCCAUGUAUGUGGCUCAAGUCCUCGCAUCACUGGUUCAUUGCCACUCAUGCGGUGUAUUCCACGAUGAGCUGCGAGCCCGCAGCGUGCUUUUGACCUCAAGGGAAGCCAAUGCUCGAGUACUUCUAGGCGAUGUGGGUCUACUUGCUGCAUUGGGAAGAGGAUGCAAAGAUGGUCGUGCUGGUGAUCUUCGUGGCGUGGGGAUGCUUUCGCUAGCUAUGCUUCUGGGCUUGGCCCCUGGCAAAGUGGAGGAGGACCUCAACAGCCACCUGUUGAACGGGGAGCUUUGGUCAGCCCGCAGCCGUGAAGCCUUCGACUUUGUCCAGACUCUGUUGGCAGAGGAUGUGGAAUGCACUGCUCCCCUUGCUCUUUCCCAUCCCUGGCUUCGAAAUGUGCUUCUGCGUCCUGGCUUGGCAGAUGAUCUUGCUCGAGAGGAUGCCUUGCGGAGGUUAGCCUGCUAUCAGGCAGCCCUUCUCCUGGUGCCUGUUGAGAUGGCCCAUCGCGACCUAGAAAGGUUGCUUAAGGACUUCCAACGAAUGGAUCAGGAUGGUGACGCUCUUCUCGCAUCGCGCUUGGCCAUGCAACUGCUGCUUGCUCGCCGGGGAGCGACCAAGCGAGGCAGCGAGGUUGCGGUGGGUGUCUGUGAUGUGCGGGGCUGCGGCACAGUGGACUUCAGUGCGAUGGCAGCAGCAGCACUCAUGGCCGACCUGCUUCCAGAUGGAUUCAUGAAGCAAAGGGUUGAUGAUAUGUGGUCUGCCUUACAGCAGCUCUUUUUCGAGGCCUACGGCAGUGAUGAUGGGAUGGUGGACCGGUCUGUUGUGCUGGAGAAGGUGUCAAACUCUGUUGGAGGUCUUCUGGAGAAGUAUGGCGACGUGGAGUUUGAAGAGAUCUUGGGGUCUUUUGACGACGACAUCUACCAGGAUAGCACCUGCUCAGAGAGUUUUCAGUCUCGACUUAUGGACUCAGCUGGCCAUGGCACGCCCAUGGCUCUCUUCGAGUGGGGCUUUUUGGCUGAGGAGCCCGAUUCCUGGUUUGCCAGCCUCUAUCGCAGUUGCGGGCAGCCAAUGCGAAGAAGGGAAGCCGUUCGCUGCUGAUGCUCAAAAGAGACUCCAAGUGUGCAGCUGUUUAGAGCUGGUCCUCAGACCCAGCACUAAGAAGAAACUUGCUGGCGAACGACAAAACGUGAAUGCUAUUUCUUGGGGAACAUCAACGUCAUCAUGGGCAAUGGAAGUGUACUGGGGAAGGAGCUGGGGAAGGAAGUUGGCAACUUCGAGACUGAGACGCUGGGUUCCACGCACACGACCGCCGGUCUUUCCCUCCCAGGCUAGAACAAAGGUUAGCGGUCACCAUUGGGGUAGUUCUUCUUGCUGCUUGGUAUUUAGCACUUUGGUUUAGCACACCGCACACCUUGCAGGAAGUUGUUGUUUGGUUGCUUCGAUUAGUUAAUGUUUCUUAAGGGUGCACCUUGUGCCGAAGCCUGAUUUUCUCAAGGGGCACGAGGCAAGCCACCA